GUAGCUCAGAUGAAGAGUAAAGACAACCGCAUCAAGCUGAUGAAUGAAGUUCUCAACGGCAUCAAGGUGUUGAAGCUGUAUGCGUGGGAGCUGGCCUUCAAAGACAAGGUGUCAGCCAUCAGAGAGAGCGAGCUCCGUGUCCUCAAGAAGGCUGCUUACCUGGGGGCCAUAUCCACCUUCACCUGGGUCUGUGCUCCCUUUCUGGUGGCGCUGUCUACGUUCACAGUGUAUGUGAUGAUAGAUGAGAGGAACGUGCUGGAUGCUCAGAAGGCAUUUGUGUCUCUGGCUCUGUUCAACAUCCUGCGUUUCCCCCUCAACAUGCUGCCUAUGGUCAUCAGCAGUAUGGUCCAGGCCAGUGUUUCUAUGAAACGUCUGUGUGUGUUUCUGUCUCAUGAGGAGCUGCAGGAGGACAGUGUGGAGCGCAUGGCUGUAGCAGGCUGCUCAGACAGUAUCUCCAUUGAGGACGGGGUGUUCAGCUGGUGUAGAAACGAUGCCCCCACUCUGAAGAGGUUAAGUGUAUGUAUCCCAGAUGGGUCUCUGGUAGCUGUGGUGGGACACGUUGGCUCAGGGAAAUCCUCUCUGCUCUCUGCUCUGCUGGGGGAGAUGGAGAAACUAGAGGGAUCUGUCUCUGUCAAGGGCUCUGUGGCCUAUGUACCUCAGCAGGCGUGGAUCCAGAAUGCCACCCUGAAAGACAACAUAGUGUUUGGUCAGGAGAGGAAGGAGAGCUGGUACCACAGAGUGGUGGAGGCCUGCGCCCUGCUGCCAGACCUGGAGAUCCUGCCUGCUGGAGACGGCACUGAGAUCGGGAGAAGGUGAGGACAGGGGGGUUAGAUCAGGGAGAAGGGUGUGAACCUGUCAGGUGGUCAGAAGCAGAGGGUCAGUCUGGCCAGGGCAGUCUACUGCGACUGUGCUGUCUAUCUAUUGGACGAUCCUCUGUCGGCGGUCGACGCCCACGUGGGCAAACACAUCUUCGAGAAGGUUGUCGGGCCUCAGGGAGUCCUCAAGGACAGGACUCGUGUCCUGGUGACCCACGGUCUGAGCUUCCUGCCCCAGGCAGAUCUGAUCCUGGUGAUGGUGGAGGGAGAGAUCACUGAGAGGGGCUCCUACCUGGAGCUGAUGGCACGGGACGGGGCCUUCGCUGAGUUCCUCAGGACUUACGCCAACAAAGAGCAGGAAGAUGACGAAUCAGACUCUGCACCAAAGAGAGGACUGGAGAAUGGACUUCCUGCUGCUGUGAUUGGUCAGAACCAUUCCAGUACAUCAGCAGUGAGGACAGAAGGAGAGGUCCUGGGAAAGAAGGCCAAGAACGCUGAGGUGGGGAGAAUCACAGAGGCUGACAAGGCCAACACCGGGCGGGUGAAGUUGUCAGUAUUCUGGGAGUAUAUGAAGGCUAUAGGGGUGGUGUUGUCCUGUGUCAGUAUCUUCCUGUUCUUCAGUCACCACUUCGCCUCUCUCUUCUCUAACUACUGGCUCAGUCUGUGGACUGACGACCCAGUCGUCAACGGAACCCAGCCCAGCAGAGAGAUGAGACUGGGGGUGUACGGAGCUCUGGGGGCCUCACAGGGCAUAGCUGUGUUCUGCUACUCCAUCUCUGUCUCUAUCGGUGGUAUAUUAGCAUCACGCUACCUCCACCAGUCCAUGCUGUACAACGUACUGCGCUCCCCCAUGUCCUUCUUCGAGCGCACCCCCAGCGGUAACCUGGUGAACCGUUUUUCCAAGGAGACAGACACCAUUGACUCUAUCAUCCCAAGUAUCAUUAAGAUGUUCAUGGGCUCCAUGUUCAACGUAGUAGGAUCCUGUGUGGUCAUACUGAUCGCUACUCCACUAGUGGCUAUUAUCAUACCUCCUCUGGGGAUACUCUACUUCUUUGUCCAGCGUUUCUACGUGGCGUCGUCUCGUCAGUUGAAGCGUCUGGAGUCGGUCAGUCGCUCCCCGGUCUACACACACUUCAACGAGACGUUGCUAGGCGCCAGCGUCAUCCGAGCCUUUGGGGAGCAGGAACGCUUCAUCAGGGAGAGUGACGGUCGAGUUGACCACAACCAGAAAGCAUACUACCCCAGCAUCGUAGCCAACCGAGGAGCGCGGUGGCUGGCGGUGCGUCUGGAGUUUGUAGGGAACUGUAUCGUAAUGUUUGCUGCUCUGUUUGCUGUGAUGGCUAGAGAGAGCCUCAGCCCUGGGAUCAUGGGCCUGUCCAUUUCAUACGCACUACAGCUGACGGCCUCUCUGACCUGGCUAGUGAGGAUGUCUUCAGAUCUGGAAACCAACAUUGUGGCCGUGGAGAGAGUCAAGGAGUACGAAGACACAGAGAAAGAGGCGGACUGGAGACAUGACCAAUCGUCUCUGCCUCCAGGCUGGCCCACAGCAGGCAACAUAGACAUCAGAGGGUUUGGUCUGCGAUACAGAGAGGACCAGGAACUGGCAGUACGCAACAUCACCGUAGCCAUCCACGGAGGAGAGAAGGUGGGUAUCGUUGGUCGUACAGGAGCAGGGAAGUCCUCUCUGACUCUAGGAUUGUUCCGCAUCAUCGAGGCGUGUGAGGGAGAGAUUCAUAUCGAUGGAGUUAACAUCGCUACGCUGGGUCUCCAUGAACUCCGCUCCAGGAUCACCAUCAUACCACAGGAUCCAGUGUUGUUCUCUGGGUCUCUGAGGAUGAAUCUGGACCCCUUCGAUGGCUACUCUGAUGAGGAGGUGUGGAGAGCCCUGGAGCUCUCCCAUCUCAAGAGCUUUGUGUCGGGCCUGCCGGACAAACUCAAUCACGAGUGUUCAGAGGGAGGAGAGAACCUCAGUCUGGGUCAGCGCCAGCUGGUGUGUCUGGCCCGAGCCCUCCUGAGGAAGACGAAGAUCUUGGUUCUGGAUGAGGCCACAGCUGCUGUGGACCUGGAGACGGACAACCUGAUCCAGUCCACCAUCAGAACCCAGUUUGAUGACUGCACUGUCCUGACCAUCGCACACAGACUCAAUACUAUCAUGGACUACACCAGAGUGCUGGUCCUGGAUAAAGGGGAGAUGGCAGAGUUUGACUCUCCCUCCACUCUCAUCACCAAGAGAGGAAUCUUCUACAAGAUGGCUAAAGACUCUGGACUGGUCUGAGUGGGCGAACGGGAGAGGACAGGUUGCUUAAAGACAACAUCCCUCCUUACAGAGAACUCCUCCUCCAACCCCCUCUUCCUCUCCUCCGACCGGGAGGCUGUGCAGGGAAGAGGUAGCAGAGAGAGAGAGGAGAAUUCUAAGGA